AGCCAAAUGCACCGAAUGGCCGAGAAGGGUAUCCGGGUGAGUCUUUCGGGUUGAAAAAUAGGAACUUGGCUCGUCGGCCAUAGUAUGUACAGAGAGUCAUGGCGGGUGUGUAUAGCAGCUUACGUGAAUGACGACCGAUUGUGAAUAAACCAAGGAAUAAUAACCCCCACCUCCCUAAAAAAGAAAAAAAAAAAAUAUUAUUAUAAAUCAGUUUCAUCGUCUGCAGUGGAAAAACGGCAGUCGAAAAAGCGAAAAAUAAAAUAAAAAUAAGAUAUAUACAGUUGAAAGUUAUAUAAAUUUUUAGGUAAAACGAAAAAAAAAAAAAAAAAAAAUCAAUCAACCUUUAAAUAUAUAUAUAACCGACAAUUAAUAACGAACAAUAAUUGAAGCAAGCAAAAAGAAAAAAUAAAUAAUCGAUAGUGAAAGAAAGUAAAUAUAUUUGAGAUGUUUUAAAAAUUAAUUCAAGUUUAUCAUUAAUAUAUUUAUUAUACAAAGAAAAAUAAAAGUGUGUUCCAUGUGUGUUAAUGCGACACGAAAACGGUUAUAAAGAAAAAAAAAAAAAAAAGUUUAAUACAAAUUAGUGUCAUAUGAUUAAUCCGGUAGGUAAAAAUGCAGAAUGUAGCACAAGGAACAACCUCAGAUUGUAAUAAUCAAGAUAAACAAAGUGUACAAAAAAAAUCAUCAACUACAACAUCACAAUCAUCGACAUCUAGCCCAACAAAAUCUGAGACUGAGACAUCGUCUGAGCCUCAGCCACGCUAUAUGUCAGACUCAUCGGGAAGCGAAGACAGUGAGCCGGAAUAUUACCGUGCUGAAAUUGAACAAACAGCUUCGGAGGAGGAUAAUCAACAACUUGCAACAUCAAACUUUGUAUUAUCACCAGAGGAUCCAGAACGUGCUGUUGAUCCUGAAACACAAGCAAGAUUAGAAGCACUUCUGCUGCUGGUAUUGGUAAACAAGCAUCGUGAUGAAGGAUGGCAUUUAGCUCGUAAUCAAAAUGAAAAACGUACAUUAGUUGAGGCAUGUACUGAUGGUGAUGUUGGUACUGUUAGAAAAUUAUUAACUGAAGGACGUAGUGUACAUGAGACAACAGAAGAAGGUGAAAGUUUAUUGUCACUUGCUUGUUCAGCUGGUUAUUUUGAACUUGCACAGGUAUUAUUAGCAAUGAAUGCAAACGUUGAAGAUCGUGGUAUCAAGGGUGAUUGCACUCCAUUGAUGGAAGCAGCAAGUGCUGGCCAUGUUGAUAUUGUUGGAUUAUUAUUGACGCAUGGUGCUGAUGUGAAUGCUCAAUCUACAUCAGGUAACACACCAUUAAUGUAUGGUUGUGCUGGUGGUCACGAAGAAGUAGUUAAAGUACUGCUCAAUAAUAAAGCGAAUGUUGAAGACCACAAUGAAAAUGGACAUACACCAUUAAUGGAAGCAGCAAGUGCUGGACAUGUAGGAGUUGCAAAAAUAUUAUUAAGUCGUGGUGCUGGAAUUAAUACACAUUCAAAUGAAUUUAAAGAAUCAGCAUUGACAUUGGCAUGUUAUAAAGGUCACCUUGCUAUGGUUAAAUUUUUACUUGAAGCUGGUGCUGAUCAAGAACAUAAAACUGAUGAAAUGCAUACAGCACUUAUGGAAGCAUCAAUGGAUGGUCAUGUUGAAGUUGCCAGAUUAUUAUUAGAUUCUGGUGCACAAGUUAAUAUGCCAACAGAUAGCUUUGAAUCACCCCUAACACUUGCUGCAUGUGGUGGUCAUGUAGAUUUAGCAAUGUUAUUAAUCGAAAGAGGUGCAAAUAUUGAAGAAGUCAAUGAUGAAGGAUAUACACCACUUAUGGAAGCAGCACGUGAAGGACAUGAAGAAAUGGUUGGAUUAUUAUUAGGUCAAGGAGCAAAUUUAAAUUCACAAACUGAUGAAACACAAGAAACAGCAUUAACACUUGCAUGUUGUGGUGGUUUUUUAGAAGUUGCUGAUUUUUUAAUAAAAGCAGGUGCUGAUAUUGAAUUAGGUGCAUCAACACCACUUAUGGAAGCAGCACAAGAAGGACAUCUUGAUCUUGUUAGAUAUUUACUUGAAUCUGGUGCUGAUGUACGUGCACAAACACAAACUGGUGAUACUGCAUUAACAUAUGCAUGUGAAAAUGGACAUACUGAUGUUGCUGAUUUAUUAUUACAAUUUAAUGCUGAUUUAGAGCAUGAAUCAGAAGGUGGACGUACACCAUUAAUGAAAGCAUGUCGUGCUGGACAUCUUUGUACUGUACAAUUUUUAAUAUCAAAAUUGGCAAGUAUUAAUAGAAGUACAACAAAUAAUGAUCAUACACCAUUGUCACUUGCUUGUGCUGGUGGUCAUGCUAGUGUUGUUGAAUUAUUACUAUCACAAUCUGCUGAUCCAUUCCAUAAAUUAAAGGAUAAUUCAACUAUGCUUAUUGAAGCUGCAAAAGGUGGACAUACAAAUGUUGUACAAUUAUUACUUGAUUAUCCACAUAGUAUAAUGAUGAAUUCAUCACAAAAUAAUACAACAACAACAUCAUCAUCGUCAUCAUCGUCAUCAUCAUCAUCUGCAUCAUCUGCAUCAGCUGGUGUUGCUAUUGCCGUUGGUGCACAUGCACCAGUAUCAACACCUGCCUUUCCAAUAUAUCAAAUAACUCCUAAUAAUCAUACAACACCAAUACCACUACCACAACCACCACCAACAACAACAGCAACAAUAGCAACAACGACCUCAUCAUCAUCACCACCAUCAUCGUUAGUACUACAACAACAACAUGUAAACCAAAAAUCAAAUACUGCUGGACAGAUGUCUUUACAAACAGUAACACCAGCAUCAUUAACACAAAUAAUACCAAUAACAACACAACAACAACAACAAAAUUUGGGACAAAUACCACAAAAUCAACAAAUACCAAUUAUUCAACAACAACAGAAUCAACAACAAUCAACUGCUGAACAAAACCAAAAUCAAAAUAUUCAACCAAAACUUAAUAAUGGUAAAUCAUUAUUAAGAAAAAAUAGAUCAGCCUCAAUGAUGCUUGAUAUGAAUUUAACAUCAGCUGAAGCACAACAAGUUCGUACACAACCAGCAGGUGAAGCUAUUAUUACAUCAAGUAAUAUUAAUAAUGAUAAUAAUAGUAGUGGAAAUUCAACUUGUACUAUUGAUGGUUGGACACGUACAUGUCCACCAUUUGCUAAUUUAACUGAACCAGAUGUAACAGUAAGUCCAGCCUCAACUUCUUCAACUGAUAAUAAUAAUCUUAGAAUUCACAGAGAAGAACAAAUUCUUCAAAAACAACAAAUUUAUGAAGAACUACAAAUGGUUGAACGUGAAUUACAAAAGAAAGGUAAUAAUCUAUAUCUUGGAAGUUCACGUGCUGAAAUGGAUGAACAAAGUAGACAACAACCUGAAGAUAAUGUUGCUGAAUCAAAUGAUCAAUUAAUGCCAGUGUUUAGCAUUGAUUUACCAGCUCAAUCAUUAAAUACUACACCCAGUGGACCACAUGGACCAUCAUUAAUACCAGAUGAAGAAAUAGAAAGACAACGCUCGUAUCAGCAUGGUCAACGUAUUUUGUUGGAGGCAGGUUUACGACGUUUACAACAAACCUUGCCAUCAUCAACAAGUGAUAGUGUAGCAAUGAUACCAAUUACAACAAUGUCAAUGUCAACAGCAACAACGACAAUGACUAUGACAAUGACAACGACAACAUUUCAAGCAGUAUCACCUCAUAUACAAUUACCACUCUCAGCAACAACAACAACAACAACAAAUGUUAUACCAGCAUCAUUGUCCUCGUUCACAUUGUCCCAACAACAAAACCAGGCAAUUACUCAAUUGGCACAAACAAUAACAACACCACCUCCAACAUUAACAACAACAACAAUAUCAAAUCCUCAACAAAUAACGACAAUUAAUGAUGUUAAUCAAAACACUGCCAUAAGUGAUCGUCCAAAAGCUAAACCAAUAUCAAAAAAAGAAAUUCGUAAAUUAACAGCUGCUGGUAGAUUAUUACAAAAACAAUCAGAACAACAACAACAACAUCAACAACAGGUUAAUCUUAUGGCUGGUUUACAACAACAGUAUCAGGAAAAACAACGUCAACAUACUUAUCAAGUUCAACAAGUACAACAAUUACAACAAUUGAAUGAACAGCUCCAAUUACAAUUGGAUAAUGUCCAGGUACAACAGCAACAACAAGAUCAUCAACAACAAGAAGGCGUGGUGGUUGGUAGUGGUGGCGAUAUCCUAAUGCCUAGUCAGCUGGUUGAACAACAACUACACCCCACUCAGACACCCCAUCAUGGCAAUCUACAUGAUCAGCAAACAGCUCUGGAUAAUACAAGAGAGAUGACGGAUAUGGCUAAAUUUCAUACAGAAAAAAAAGCAUGGCCAUGUAUUGCUGCUGCAUUAAAAAGUUCAAAAGCAUUGACCAACGAUAAAAUGCUUAAAUUUCAAGAUGGAAUGCAGAUACCAAUUGAUGAAGUUGUUGAAAUUAUUGAAUCUUUUACCUUCGACGAUGUGCCUAAUGCUGAAAAUGAAGAUCUGGAAAAGUUGGAUUUAAAUAAAUUAAAAAUUUCAGGAUCUAUUGAAGAAUCAGAUUUAAAAAUAUCAGUGGAUGAAAAUAUGAAAUUUUUGCAAAAUAAAGCGAAUGAACAGGAACGUCAAGUCGCAAAUGAUGAUCAUGUGCGAAAUGAUGAUGUCUCAUUAGAUUCAAAAGAUGUUGAGUUAUAUAAUUCUUUUAAAAGUUUUGGACAAACGAAUGAAGAGACAGAUUCAAAAGUAUCAGACGAAAAAAAAAUGAAGUUUUUACAAAAUAAGGAAUGUCAAUUACCAAAUGAUGACCAUAUGAGAAAUCUUUUUGUAUCAUUGGAUUCAAGAAAUGCUAAUGUAAUUGAAGAUUUUCCAGAGAGUCUUAGACAAACAAAUAAACUUGUUCAUGAACCUUAUGAGCCACAUCAACCAUCACCAAGACAAAAUCAAUCAACUAAUGCUGGAAGACCUGCUCAACAAUCAAAUGGUUUUGCUCAGCCAUUAAGUGGAACAGUAACAAGUCUUAGUCAAGUUCAAGCAUCAACUCAAACACCAGCAAGUAAUUUACCAUCAAAUGCAUCAUCAAUUGCUAGUUGUUCAGAUAAAAAACAAGUUUAUACAUCUGUUGCUGGUGGUAAAGGAAAAAAAGCACGUUAUCCAUUAUUAUCAUCUCAACCACAACAACAACAACAACAAACUUGUCAGCAACAACAACAAACUUGUCAACAACAAAUAUCUCAAGUACAACAACAGUCACAGACAAAUCAGAUGCCUUUAAAUUUUUCAAUAGCAAAUGGCCAACAAACACAAACAGUUGGUUCAGUUGUUCAAACUUAUCCAGUUCAGCAUACUCAACAGCAACAACAGCAACAACAAUUACAACAACAAUAUCAACAACAAUUACAGCAACAACAACAACAACACCGAUAUGAUCCCUCAACUGUAGCUGCAGCAGCAGCGGUAGUAACAGCAAUGACAUCAACGUCAACAACAACAGCUGUUGCUACAAGUACAAGUCAAUAUCCUUCAACAGGUAAUACAGUAUCAACAAAUACAAGUCCAGUUAAUACUGGUUUUACAGCACCAGGUAAUCAAGUUGCAUUAGCACCAUAUUCUUGUAUGGAUGUUGAUUCAGAAACAGAUAGUAAUCAUGAUACAGCAUUAACACUAGCAUGUGCUGGUGGUCAUGAAGAACUUGUUGAAUUUUUAUUAUCACGUACUGCUGAUAUUGAACAUCGUGAUAAAAAAGGUUUUACACCAUUGAUAUUAGCAGCAACAGCUGGUCAUCAAAUUGUUGAAAUAUUAUUAAAUAAUGGUGCUGAAAUUGAAGCACAAUCAGAAAGAACAAAAGAUACACCAUUAUCAUUGGCAUGUAGUGGUGGUAGAUAUGAAGUUGUUGAAUUAUUACUUAAUCGUGGUGCAAAUAAAGAACAUCGUAAUGUAUCAGAUUAUACACCACUUAGUUUAGCAGCAUCUGGAGGUUAUGUUAAUAUUAUAAAAUUAUUAUUAAAUCAUGGAGCUGAAAUAAAUUCACGUACUGGUUCAAAAUUAGGUAUAUCACCAUUAAUGUUAGCUGCAAUGAAUGGUCAUAGUUCAGCAGUUAGAGUAUUACUUGAUAUGGGAAGUGAUAUUAAUGCACAAAUUGAAACAAACAGAAAUACAGCAUUAACAUUAGCAUGUUUUCAAGGUAGACAUGAAGUUGUUAGUUUAUUUGAUAGAAGAGCUAAUGUUGAACAUCGUGCUAAAACUGGCUUGACACCAUUAAUGGAAGCAGCAAGUGGUGGUUAUGUUGAUGUUGGUAAAGUAUUAUUAACAAAAGGUGCUGAUGUUAAUGCAACACCAGUACCAUCAUCACGUGAUACAGCAUUAACAAUUGCUGCUGAUAAAGGACAUUGUCGUUUUGUUGAAUUAUUAUUAUCACGUGGACAAGUUGAAGUUAUAUAUACACAAGCUAAUAGUCCACUAUGGUUAGCAGCAAAUGGUGGACAUUUAAAUGUUGUUGAUUUAUUAUAUCAUGCUGGUGCUGAUAUUGAUUCACAAGAUAAUCGUAAAGUAUCAUGUCUUAUGGCUGCAUUUCGUAAAGGACAUAUGAAAGUUGUUAAAUGGAUGGUUAAUCAUGUUACACAAUUUCCAAGUGAUCAAGAAAUGACAAGAUAUGUUGCAACAGUUAAUGAUAAAGAUUUAUUAGAAAAAUGUCAUGAUUGUGUUGAAAUAAUACGUGCUGCUAAAGAAACACAAGCAGCAAAAGCCAAUAAAAAUGCAUCAAUAUUACUUGAAGAAUUAAAUAUGGAAAAAUCACGUGAAGAAUCUAAAACAGCAGCAGCACGUAGACGUGAACGUAAAAAAGAAAAGAAACUUGAAAAAAGAAGAAAACGUAAAUUUAUGAAGAAAAUAAAAAAUGAAACAACAACAUCAACAUCAUCAAUAUACAAUGAUAAAGAUGAUGAUGAAGAUGAUGAUGAUGCUGCUGAUAAAAAAACUGAUGAUGAAGAUGCUGAUAAUGAUAAUAGAAUACAUGAUAAUGAAAGUGAUAAUGAUGAAGAUGGUGUUGAUAGUUGUGAAAGAUUAGAUAAUGUACCAUCACCAUCACCAGUUAAUCGAGUUAGUCCAGAUGAUCAUGAUAAAGAAGAAGGUGAUAGUGGUAUUGAUGCUAAUAGUCAAGGAAGUUGUAGUAGCAAUGAUGUUAAAGCACGUGAACGUAAAAAAGAUAAAAAGAAAAAAAAUAAUAAAAAUAUUCCAAAUAAUAAUAGUAAUAAUAUUAAUAGUAAUAAUAAUAAUGAUAAUAGUAAUAGUAAUAAUAAUAUUAUUAAUAAUAAUAGUAGUAGUAGUAAUAUUAAUAAUAAUAGUAAUAAUAGUACUAGCAAUGAUAAAAAUACAUCAACAAAUGUGUUCAACUCAACAUCGAGUCAAAAAAAUCAGACUGUGACAUCAACCAAUAAAUCAUUAUUAACAACAACAGCAGCAGCAGCAGUAGUAACAACAACAAUUACUACUACUGCUACUACUACUACUACUACAUCAUCGACAAAAAAUAAUAAUAAUAAUAUUACGGAUAAACGUUUAAAUUCAAAUACUACAAUUGUAUCAAAUUCAAUUGGUUCAACAAAUGUUCGUUCAACUUUAACUGCAACAUCAUCAAUAUCUUCCACUUCUACACAACCAUCAACAAGUACCUCAUCAUCUGAUCGUAAACAUAAUUCAACAAAUAAAUCACAUAAUCUUAUUUUUGAAUCAUCAAGACAUCCAGCUGAUCGUGAAGAUUUUGAAGCAACUGGAAAUGAUUGUUAUAUAUCAGUCAAAGGAAAAAAGACAAAUAAUAAUAAUAAUAAUAACAAUCAGUAUGAUGCUGAUACACUCAAUGCAAUUGUCAAUAAAAAUAAUUUAACAAGUCCAAAACAAGCUGGAAAAAGAGAUGAAGGAUGGAAAGAAGUUGUAAGAAAAGGCCAGUCAGAUGACUCCAAUAGAUUUACAAAUUCUUCCUUUCGUACGAUAAAAGUAUCUGUACCACCAACUGCUAUUAGUAGGGUUAUUGGACGUGGUGGAAGUAAUAUUAAUGCUAUUCGUACAGCAACUGGUGCUCAUAUUGAAGUUGAAAAACAAAGCAAAGGCCCAGGUGAACGUACAAUUAAUAAAGGAUCACCAGACGCUAGUAAACAAGCUUCCAACUUGAUUAAUAGUCUUAUUAAAGAUCCAGAAUUUGAUAUACAACAAGUGUUAACAAAAAACAGGUUACCAAUUGCUGGACAAUCAACUUGGGACAAAUCAAUGUUAACAUCAAAUGUUACACUUAAACCAAAAAUGGUUUUAUCUGUUAAUAAACCAACAACAUUACUUACUGGAUUAACAAAUUCUAAUAUUAGUAAAACUACCUACAAUGCAACAGGUAUGUCAUCAGUAAGUCAAAUAAUGCCAAUGCGUUCAACUUCAACAAUUAAACUUCCUGGUGUAUUUACUCCACCAUUGACACGUGGUGCACCAUUAACAGCUGUAACUAAUGUAACAGUACCACCACCACCACCAUCAUCACGUCUUAUUGCAACAAAUGAUAAACGUACACAUGUUGUGUCAUCUUCGACGUCACCAUCACCAUCAUCAUUGACGUCGUCAUCAUCAACAUUGUCAUUAUCAUCAACAUCAACAAGUGAACAAACGACAAAUAAUAAUACACGUACAACAAUGUCAUAUACAAGUGCAAUAAUGACAUCAGGUAGAACCACAAAAGUUGUUACAACCAAUACAAAUCAAACAUUUGCAGCAAAAUUAUCAGAAGUUACUGCUACAACUGCACAACUACCACCACCACCACCUCAACCACUAUCUUCAACAUCAUCAGCAACAGCAGUAACAACAGCUGCAGCGACAAUAACAACAGCAGCAGCAACAACAACAACAACAACAACAACAGCAGCAGCUAAUCUAUCAAAUAAUUGUCAAAUGACCAAUAAAAAUAUAUUGUGUAAUAAAACACAAACAAAUACAGUGGUUGUAACAUCAUCAACAAUUGUAACAACACCACCAUCACCACAACCACCACCACCUAUUGCACCAGCAUUGUCAAUAGCAUCAUCUUUGACAUUGUCGUCAUCGUCUUCAUCUUCAUCAUCCUCGUCAUCUUCAUCGUCAUCGUCGUCAGUAUCGUCGACGUCUCACAGCAAAUCAACUAUGAUGAGUAUAUCACCAAAACAUUCUCGACCAAUGUCUAAUUUAUCAACACCAACGAUGCCACAUUAUGCUAAUAAAACUUGUUAUUCACCAAAUACGUCGUCGAAUUGUUCUGAAAAUAAUUUAUUAUCAGCAUCAACAAAUUCAAUGCGUGUUACACCAUCACCACCGGUUGUUCAACAAGUUUUAAAUCAACCAACUCCUCAACAAAUACAGCAGCAACAACAACAGCAACAACAACAUCAGCAGCAACAGCAGCAACAGCAGCAACAACAACAACAACAACAAAUUGUACAACAGCAACAACAACAACAACAUCAACAAAUGCGAAGUACAACACCAGUUGUUGCUCAAAUUCAUGAACAACAACAACAACAACAACAACAACCAAAUAAUAAUAAUCAGCCACAACGUACAAAUACACCACUUGAGUAUUCAUUGUUUAAUAAUACAUUUUCAAAAGUAACUCAACAAUCAAUGUGGGGUCCUCGUGAUAAUGAAAUGACACAUCAAAAAGGUAUGAAUUUUGCAACAGUUGCUGGUGGAGGUUCAUCAAAUAAUUCAUCAAAUAUACCAACAAAUAAAUUUAUUGAUAAUUCACCACCACAAGUUGAUGCAUCAAAAGCACCUGGUUAUCGUGGUAAUUCAAUGUGUUCACCUGUAUCAAGCAAAACAAAUCAAUCAAUAAAUAAUAGUAAUACAUCAUCACCAAUGAAUAAUGUAUCUGGUGUAUCACCAUCAAGUAUACCUAAUCAGAUGCAAACACAACAAUUUCAAGCUUCACUUAAUUUUAAUAUUGAACAACAUCAAAUACAAACAAAUAAAACAACCAGUGGACUUGCUGUUGCACGACCAGUUAUGAAUCAGCAAUCAACAAUUGAUCAUCAAAAUACUGGAUUAGUAGGACAAUUUAAUCGUAAUGUAUAUCCCAGUGAGAUUGCAUCAAGAAAUGCACAACAACAACAACAACAUCAGCAUCAACAACAACAAAGAGAAAUGCAAGUGAAUCAACAGGUACAAAAUCAAUCAGCACCACCACCAACACAACAACCACCUUCACAAAAUCAACAAAUUCAAGAUUCUCAACAACAACAACAACAACAACCACCACCACCACCACAGCAGCAACAACAACAACAACCAUCUCAGCAGCAGCAACAACAACAACAACAACAACAACAGCAACAACAGCAGCAACAACAACAGCAGCAGCAGCAACAACAACAACAACACCAACAGCAACAACAACAUAUUGAUGUUGGUUUAUAUAAAAAUAGUAAUAAUGCAUAUGAUCAUUCAAAUGUAAAUUCAAGUUUAUUAAAAAUGGUGCCAAAUGAUGGACAACAAAGUGGUCAUCCAAUAAUACCAUUUCAUCAACAUAUACCAAGUCAUAUGCAAGCAAUGAAUCAAUCAGGUAAUGUUAAUACAGUUAGUAUGUCACGUCUUAAUCCACGUGCACCUGAUUUUUCAAGUUCAUUACAUUUAAAUAGUAAACAACAACAACAAGUUGCCAUGUUUAAUUCACAACAAAAUGUUUUACAUCCAAAUAUAUUUCCUCCAAUUCCAACACAAGGACCAUUACCACCACCACCAACACAAUUACAAAAUAAUAAUUUAGCUAUGAUGAAUAAUUAUCAAAUUGGUAAAUAUCAACAAAGUGGUGGUAAUAAUAAUAAUAAUAACAAUAAUAGUAAUAAUAAUAAUCGUGGUCCAGCAAAUAUAUCAACAAAUGGACAAACAAGAUGGCAAUUUGGUCCACCACCACCUUUAACUCAUCAACAACAACAACCACUACCACCUCAACAACAACAACAACAGCAGCAGCAACAACAACAACAACAACAAAGUUAUCAAGAACAAAUGAUGGCACAAAUGAAUUAUCAAAAUCAUUUAAAUAAUAUGAGUGCUGGUAAUGGUAUGUCACCAACAGUUGCUGUUGCUGCUGCAGCAGCUGCUGCUAUUGAAUUAAUAUCAACUAUUGAAAAUGGUGCAUCACCAGCAAUGUCACCAGUACAAAUACCACAAGAUAUUAAUCAAAUGAAAAUUGAAGAUAGAAAAGUUGUACCAAAACCAAUUGGUAAUGAAAGACAAUAUAAAAAUUUUAAUCCAAAUAUGGUAAGUGGUGUUGAAGCUGAACCAAUGAAUUGGGUAUUACCAAAUAAUGAAAAAUUAGUUAAUUCAUGGAAUCCACCACCACCACAACAACAAUUAACAAAUAUGGAUAGACAUCAAAUAUUUAGAACAAAUCCAUCUUAUAAUCGUGUACCAAAUAUGGAAGCUGAUUUACAUCAUGGAAUUGAUACAGCUUAUAUGGCUCAUAUGGAUAGUCAACAAGGUUUUCCAAAUGGUAGUACAGCAGCAUUAGCAAUGAUACCAGGAUUAACAAUAAUGCCAGGACAAUAUGGUAAUCCUCCACCAACGUUAUCUGACAUGCAACCACAAAAUGAUAAAAUUGACGCACCUGGAUGGAGUUUACCUGAUCCAAAUGUUCAUGAUAAAAAACAACAUCCAUCAUGGAACGCUGGCCCAACAAAAUGGCAUUAAAUAAAUAUUAUUUAAAAAUUAAACUCGGCUAUUACUACUCUCAUUAAUUCGCAAAAGAUCUGCUCAAGAUGAUACAAUGAUAAUGACGAUGGAUCCAACAAUGAUUCAUAUUUAUUCACGUCUAUGAUGAAGCAACUAAAAAGAUAUAUUUGAAUGAUUAUUAUAAAAAUUGAAAUUAUGAUUAAUAAAAAAAAAAAAAAAUAAUAUUAAUAUUAAUAAUAAUAAAUAA